AAAACAGGAACAAACUAAACGCCACUACAAAGAUAAAUGGAUUAGAAACGCCUCAACAAGUGAACGAUAUUUAAAAGCUUUUACGAAUCUUGUUGCACCAAAUUUCAUCUAAAGACGUACACACUACAUACAUAGAUAUAUUGAAUAUCGUGUUGGGUGAAACCAAAAGCACUUACAAAGCCAACUUGCUGUAACACGCAGGUUAUUCAACCCGGGAACAAAGCACUGAACAACCUACCAGAGCAGCUCAUUACUAUCAUGAGUAGCUUGAGAAUUUGUCAAGCGGUCUCUCUGCAUCCGGAUGCGGCAACUCUGGAGCCCGAACUGAGUCAGCCCUUUACCAGGACUUGUGUAUUGGGCUGUCAGGCUAAUAAAUCAGAGGUGUGUCGCUUUCCAGUCAACGAUGUUAAGCGCUGCAACAAUUGGCUUCGUCAUUUUGGUGUCAGCGACCAACUCGUUCAGGAGCUUGGCGGUCUGCAAAAGCUGCGCAUCUGUUUCAGGCAUUUCAACCAACGCAAGGAAAUGGCCAAGACGCGCAUCAAAAACACGCCACUGCGCACUGCCAAGGUCGAAGCAGCAGCAGCAACAACAACAACAACAACAGCAACACCAACAACAGCAGCUGGCUCUAAGCAACAGCCCAUAGUCGACAGCACCACCAUAGAAUUGGUCGAAAGCCCCAGCACGCGUUCAAAGCUGCAGCAACCGCUGCUGCCUCUGCAAUCUGUAACCACCAUAACGGCGGUGCCGCCUCAGCGUUCGCACUCCAUUUGCUCCUCCGGCUCGAGCGAUGUGCUGUCCAUCAGCUCGGACUACGAGGCCAGUAUGCCGCUCUCCAGCCUGGACAAUGCCAGUCCACAGCCGGCCGUGCCCAAGAAUGCUGGCAAGAAGCGGAAACUCUAUCUGAUAACCGAGAAGCAGGAGGGGGAGCGGGCGGGCAGCGAGGGGAGUGGACAGAAGCGUAAGAUGCUUGUCGUCGUCGAGGAGGAAAAGAAACUUAUGAUUGUCACCGACAAGCCGCAACCCAACCUGGCCGAGCAUUUGGAAAAGUUUUUGCCGGAGAUACUUAACCGCAUUCAAGACAAACAGGCUAAGCAGCAGCAACAACAACAACAGCAGCAGCAGCACCAGCCGCCACAACAACAGCAACAACAACCCAUGCCAACCAUCAAGGAGAAGCCGCACAUAACUUUGCCACCCAAAAAGAAUCCCACAAAUUUUGUCAAAGCCAAGCCCACACCAACAGCCAUGGCCAGCAUAUCCCCCGUGCCGGCCAUUAACAAUAAUCUCAGCUCGCCCCAAGCCCACACUCCAUCCUCGCAGUCGGCCGAGGACGCAGCAGAUAUCGGCAUAUUGGAGACGAACAUAAAUCUAUCGCCCGAUUUUCGUUUCCUCAUGAAAAUUCUGCCCAAGCUCGAACAGCUCCCAGAGCCACAGAAACAAUGCGUUAAGCGCUCCAUUCAGAUAUUCGUCGACAAGAGCUAUAGCAUCUAUGCGAAGAAAAAGUAGACCAGAUUUAGUCUUAGAUUCAGACUGGUUUCCCAGCAAGACUUUGCGGAAGUUUCCUUUGAAAAGUUUUCCAAAUCAUUUGGAUUUUUUUUUCGAACGCAAUGAAACAUUUUUAUUUUUCAAUUUCUUUUAUUUAAGACUGAUGCAGAACCAAUUUAUCAUACAUACAAACACACUUAUAUACCAUAUCUGUAUGUAUUUCCUAUAAAUGUAUAACUUAGUUACCGCAGUGCGGCUAAUAAUUAAGCAAAAAAAAUUUGAAUAGCUCGGCAAACACAUACGAUCCGAUUCAGAAAUAUGCGAAUCUUUUUUGUUAGCCACACACUAGUUUUAAGGCAAAAGUGAAACUGAAUACUAUUUUCGAUAUUGAAAUAUAUGUUGUAAAAAGAA